AUGGACAAGAGAGGAGGAAUCGCAUCGCCAUCGUUCACGUCGCCGGUAACGUCGCCACCGACCUCACCACGAGGAGGCCAAGGCAUCGACGUGGGUGACGGAGGCGUGGAGCUGACGGUGGUCAAGGGCGGCCGCCUCUACUCCAACUUCGUCUACCUCAACCCCCUCGACGCCAAGGCCCUCACCCUGCCCACCAAGCCUGCCGGCCUGCCCCACAACACCUACCUCCUCAUCAACCUCCACCUCUACCUCUUCAAGCCGAGCGAGACCGUGCGUCAGGGCACGAUCGAAAUGAACGACUUCCAGCGCCGCUCAGUCUAUGUGUCCCUCAACGAGAAGGUCAUUUGCCGGCCCUUCGCGACCAAGAACAAGGAAGCGGUCUUCCUCUCCGGCCUCAAGUUGGAGAUCGAUUUCCUGUACGCGGGGUCGAAGGGCGUCGACAGCGCCUUCCAGUCGGGCGAGAUCACCGAGGCGCUGCUCACCCAAUUCGAGAACCACUUCUUCACGCGCAACCAGCUGGUGGCGAUGGACGUGAAGGGCACCACGCUCAAGUUCAAGGUCACCGAUCUCGAGCUCGCGCGCCUGGGCAACGAGGACGCAGCCGCCGGCGUGUCCGCCAAGCAUCAGGCCUCCACCGUGCGCGGCGUGCUGAUGAAGCAGACCGGCAUCGAGUGGUGCCCGUCAUGGGGUCGGCGCUCAAGCUCGUGA